AACUUUUAUUGCAGAAGCUGCUGCUUGUGUUUAGUGUUGCAUGUGAUGUAACGCUAUGAGAAUAGAAUUUCAAAGUUUCUGAAAAUAUGGUUAUUAUUUUUGUCCCUGAUAUAUACUUUAUGUAUUUUGUGCCGUAUGCUAUUGCUUUCUUGUGUUCAUUAUUACUGUGGAGCAUAAGGGAUGUGUUGUGGAGGGAAAGAGCAUUUCAGUCUAAAGUGAGCUUUUUAGGCCUCUGUGGCAGAGGAGAUAUUUAAUGUGAAAGGGUAAGACUCCACCCCUCCUUGAAGAAGAAAAAACAGAGUAGAACUAGUCAGGGGAAACUAUAGACAUUAACAUAACAAUUUAACUAGUUUCAAGUCUUGAUGCAUCUCAUUUGGAUAAUUCUUUUCUGCCAUCUCAUUCUUGAUUGCAAUUGCCUCCAGAUGGUUUCUGGUUGCACUCACAGUAUUCUUUGUUUGUUAAAGCUAGAAUAUUGCAAAUUCUUUACAUUUAUUUUUCUUGAUCCAACUCCUGUUGCUCUCCACAGUCAACAAAGAAUGUUUGCAAUUCAAGUUUUCGAGUUGCAUAGACUGAUUAAGGUCCAACAGCUGAUUGCUGGAUCACCACAUCUCUUGCUUGAGGAGAGUGCAUAUCUGGGCAAACCUUCUUUCAAGGGCUCUGCCACAAAGAAACUCACUUCAGAAUAUGCUGUAAAACCAGUGCUGCAAAUUACGUGCAAAGAUGAUUCUGAGAAGCCAACCCAUAAACUUGAAUGUUCAGCAGAAAACGCAGUUUGUAGGACAUCUCUCUCUUCAGUGAAAAAUGGCAGCCAGCCUUCAAGUUAUGGGCCAUACCAUGGAAACCCACCCCCAGCUCCCAUUCCCACUGAUAACAAAACAAAUCCUCGGUGUUUCCAUUCAUUGCCUGGGCAUCAGUGGUUGAUCCCUGUCAUGUCCCCUUCUGAAGGACUUGUAUACAAACCCUAUCUUGGACCUGGUUUCACAGGAGCAGUUUGUGGAGGAUGUGGACCUUUUGGGCCAUCUCCCACGACAGGCAACUUUAUGACUCCAGCCUAUGGAGUUUCAGCCCCUCCUUAUCAUCAAGGAAUGGGAUUUCUGCAUGGUGCUCCUCCUGUUGGUCAAGUUUACUUCCCUCCUUAUGGAAUGCCAGCAAUGCACCCAAUGUCAGGUUUAGCUGUGGAGCAGAUGAAUCAAUUUGCUCAACCUGGUUCACAUGGUCAUGCUGAUCAGUUAUCUGGAGGGGAAGCUAAUUUCAACAUACAACAGCAGAGCUCAUGUAACUUGCCUGCUCAGAAGAAUGGUGGUAUUUCACAUGCUGUAAAGUCAAAGGACACUGAACUACAGGGAAGCACAGCCAGUAGUCCCGGUGAGAAAGUACAACAGGAUUGUGGAAUCACUGACACUACUGAAGGAAGGAAUGGACUUUCCCUCUUCCCUAUGGUCUCAGCUGCACCAGAGGGAACCUCUCUGCUUCAUGAUACUCAGCAGCCAACAAGAGUGAUCAGAGUUGUACCACACAAUCCUAGAUCUGCUACUGAAUCAGCAGCUCGAAUUUUCCAAUCUAUACAAGAAGAGAGAAAACAGCAUGACUCAGAUUAGCUUAAUACAAACUUCAUCUAGGUAAACUAUCUAAGAAUCAUCUAGCUAGAUGCAUUUCUUAGUCAUCUCCUCUGUACCUUUUUGGUGAUGUCAUGUAACAUUUUCUUAUAAUUUUCUGGUUUACCAGUCUAUUUGUAUGUAGAUAUAUCUCUGAGAGAUCAUAAGUCAAUGUAACAUGAAAUGUUGUCCUCUACAACACUUUCACAACGGAUAUUUUAGGCCAUAAAGUCUUUUCCUGGAAGAGAAGUUGAUGACUACAAGUUUCUACCUAACUAGAUCAAUCCGGACACAAGUGUCUACCUUUGAUGACUACAAGCAUUGUCUUAUGAAUUCUUUUACUCAUGUAAAUGAGCAAAAUCCAGAAAAGGAGAUUUAUGGUGCUUUAGAAAGAUCAGAGGAUACGCAGGAACUU